CCCGACUGAGCAUGAGCAGUCGCCAUUGUUUAGGCAAUAUAUUAGACUAGUACUGGGAAUCUCUCUUCAUGCGAACGUUUAAGAGUGGGGAAAUUGCAAUAUUGACAAACGGUUUAUUUUAACAUAUAAUUAUUUGUUCUGUAUGAGUUAUUAAGUGAAGAGAUCGACGCAAAACUAAGAAUGACAGAUCCAAGGAGUGGAUAUCAGCAGUUGAAUAAUGAGGCAGAGGCAGGAGAGGUGAUCCAACAAGCAACUGAUGCUCCUCCUCCAUACAGCACCGUUGGAGCAAGUAACGCAGCUUUUUUUGAGUACAAAGAGGAUGAAAUGUACCCCAAACCUCCCUCAUACAAUGUUGCCACAUCAUUGCCAUCAUAUGAUGAGGCCGAGAGGAGCAAAGCAGAGUCCACUGUACCCCUCGUCACUGACAGGGAUGAGGACUUUAUUGCCAGGGAUGGCUUUCAUGAUACGGAUCAACUGCGGGUUGGAAAUGAUGGGAUAUUCAUGCUAACAUUUUUCAUGGCAUUCCUCUUUAACUGGAUCGGCUUUUUCCUGUCCUUCUGUCUGACCAACUCUGCUGCUGGCCGCUAUGGUGCCAUCUCUGGGUUUGGACUCUCCCUGGUUAAAUGGGUCCUGAUUGUCAGAUUUUCUACCUACUUCCCUGGAUAUUUUGAUGGGCAGUACUGGCUGUGGUGGGUUUUCCUUGUUGUAGGAUUCCUGCUGUUCUUCCGGGGAUUUGUCAACUACUCCAGAGUUCGCAACAUUGCAGAUCAUUCCAUGUCGACCCUUCCUCGAACCAGAGUUCUUUUUAUCUAUUAGGUAAAUCAUAAGAAAUGAUUAACUGGGUUUUAGAUGUGUUUAUGUGUGUGCAGUAAUGCCCGCGUUAGUGAUAAGAAUGUAAAGGAUUCAUGAAAAAAGAUUGUUUUAAAAUUUUAAAAAUAAAUCUUUCAAUAAUCGAAAUGAUUGAAUAUAUAAUUCUAAAAUGUAGGUUAAGUAUUUUCUGUUAAUUAAAAAAAAAAAAUCUGUUUAUGCAUAGAUUUUAAAUCUCAGGAUAAUUGCAAAAUGAACAAAACAGCAAACACAAAGCAAGCCGCCUACAGGUUUUUGAAUCUGCUUUAGACACCCUUGCAUCUCUGUUGUUUACAAAAUGGAUCUAAUUAUAUUGGUAUUUUACUAAAGGAUUUUAGCUGUCAUCCAACUAUUUAUCAGUGCUUAAUAUAAAGUGCAGUCAUAAUACAUGUAUUAUUUAUGCAGUUAAUGUGCACGUGUUUGGCAUUUUAUAGGUGCAUCAGUCAUUUUUGCUCUUAAAGAAAUUAGUUGUAAUUUUGAAACAUAUUUAUAAAAUCAUGACCACGCUCAUGAGAUGAAGACUCCAGUCAUAUCAGUAACCUUAGAAAAGCUGUUUUAUUCUACAUGGAGGGGGUCCCUUCAUGGGGGCUGCCAAGUUAGCAUCAUGUGACCAGAUGAAAUUACUACAAGCUUAAUCUCAUUAACCUCCCUGUUUUUGGAAACUUAAACUCGUGACUGAAAUCAAUCAUGGCCGACUGUGAAAAGUGAAUUUCUACAAUGGCAUUGGUAACUGAAAACUAUUGUUUAAACGAUGCUACAUCCACGCCCCUAGGUGUCACUCUAAGUCCAAGAUGACAUAUUCAGUGCACCUUUAAAUUAAAUCAGAGAUUUGUCUCUUAAUUUGUGGGAAAGUUGUAGUUUUACUUUGUGAGUAAAUAUAGUAAUUUUACAUAUUUUGUGAAUUAGAAACGAGUAUGUAUAUAAGGUACACAAGAAGAGUGUGAUGUCAAACAUUGUAAAUGAACACUUUUAAGAUAUAUACACUGAAGAAAAAACACAGAUCAAAUGCCGGGUUCUUUUAAAGUUUAUUCAAUUAUACUUAAGCCUGUUUCGAAUUGCUGUCAUAAAGAGGACCAAAAUAUUAGUUACUUAAAAGGUAUGCCUAGAUUAAUUGCAAACAUUAUGCUAAGCAUCAAGUUUCUGGUUUGCGUAAUAGAACAUUUUAUGAUGCCAAAUGUAGCAUUAGAUUGAUUUUUUUUAUUUUAUUGAAGACUUCAGAAUGAGAUAGUGCUUCACAAUGUGUUGUUUGUGAUUUAUAUGUUUUACACUUGUCAAGUAACUUUUAAUAAAUGUAACUUGU